AUUCAGUCAUGGCAAUUCUUGUCUAUUGAGCUACGAGCUACAAAAUGAGAAGCAUGCGUGUUACCUUGCAGCUUAUAUCCAUACUAUGCAGUUUAGAGGUGGCUGCCUCACUUUUGGGGGAAGGCAGAAGCUCUUCAGAAAAAGCUUUCCACAGGGGAACAAGAGAACUGAAUGCUCCAUCUCCGAUAGACUGCAAGCUUAGCAGCUGGAGCACUUGGGGGCCCUGUGACCCAUGCACUUAUCAAAGGUUUCGGUCUAGAAAUAUUGAAAGAUUUGGACAGUUUGGUGGAACACCAUGCCUGGAGACCUUAGGAGAUACCCAAAGCUGUAAGACGAGCAAAGUCUGUCCUGAAGAACCAGAACUAAACUGUGGUACUGACUUUCAAUGCAGUUCUGGUCGAUGUAUAAAGCAACGACUUGUGUGUAAUGUAGAUAAUGACUGUGGAGACUUUUCCGAUGAAGAUAACUGCGAAUCUGACCCACGAUCACCAUGCCGUAACCAUGAUAUUGAUGUGUCUGAAGUUGGUAGGACCGCAGGGCAAGGAAUCAAUGUCUUAGGGAUGCAGCCAAUGGCCAGCCCAUUUGACAAUGACUUUUUCAACGGCCUUUGUGAAAGGGUGCGUGAUGGAAACACACGGACAUAUUACCGCAAACCGUGGAACGUGGGUGUUCUUACUUAUGAUACAAAAGCAGACAAAACCUUCACAUCUGUAUUCUACCAUGAUCGGGUAAAAAUGUUAAGAGAGGUUUACAUAGAAAAACGAAAACAGUUUAAUGCUGACCUGUCUCUGAAAUACACACCUACUGAAGGAAGUAAAAAAAAUAGUUCAGAAGGGAAUUUCAAGUAUUACUACAGCAAGAAUUCAAGUUUAAGUUCUAUCCUGGAAAGUUCCACAGAAAGGAACCAAAGCUUUCUGCAUGUAAAAGGAAAGAUUCAACUGGGAAGAUUCCAAAUGCGGAGUCGUGAUGUCCGUCUCACAGAUAGUUUCCUUGACGAUCUAAAACAUCUGCCUGCUGAAUAUGAUAAGGGAGAGUAUUUCAAAUUCCUAGAAGAUUAUGGAACUCACUACGCGAUCUCUGGAACUGUAGGAGGCAAAUAUGAACUUGUGUACGUGCUGGAUAACUAUGCUAUGUCUCGAAUAGGUGUCACUGUAGAAGAUGUGAAAAGAUGCCUUGGCUAUCACUUGGAUGCCACUAUUACAUAUAAAGAUUUACAUGCAGAUUUUACUAUUGAUAGUGAUAAAUGUGAAAAGAUUAAUAUAAAGGACAAGUCAGAAUUUAAGGAUGAUGCUGUCAUUGAUGAUGUGAUUUCCUUAGUUGAUGGAGGGAAGAUUGACUUUUCAGUUAAAAUAAAAGAAAUGUUACUGCGAGGAUCCAAAACGGUUGAUGUAAAGGAUUACAUAGAGUGGGCUAAGUCUUUGGUUGAUGCUCCAGUAGUGAUACAGCAACGACCUUCUCCAAUACAUACACUUGUUCCAGUUAAGAUGAGAAAUGCAUAUUUAAAGAAACAAAAUUUGGAAAGAGCAAUUGAAGACUACAUUACUGAAUACAGUGUGUGCAAAUGUGAACCCUGCAAAAAUGGAGGCACCCUUGUGCUGGUAGAUGGAGCCUGUACAUGCAUGUGCUCAAGCUACUUUAAGGGAAUUGCUUGCCAGAUUCCCAAAUCUACACUAGUCAAAGUUGUCACUGAUGGAGGCUGGAGCUGUUGGAGUGCCUGGUCUACCUGCAUCAAUGGAGAAAGCACUCGAACUCGCCAAUGUAAUAAUCCUACACCAGAUCCUGAUGGCAGACCAUGCCAGGGAGAAAGCAUUGAAAAAAGGCCCUGUGGAGAAACAAAAUAGUUAUGCUGGUCCAAAACAG